AAUCGAUUCUUGAAUCGAACAGCGAUUCCAGCUGGAAUCGCGUCGCAAUUCGGGUCGCGAGGAGUGGAGCUGCGGGGAAAUCUGCCGAGCGAGUCCGAGGUUCGCGUAAAGCACCACAACAACAACAACAACCACAACCACAACAACAACAACCACAACAACAACCACCACAACAACCACAACAAAAACCACACUGCUGCAACCACAGCAGCAGCAACAGCCACAUAACCAACAACCACGACAACAACCACCACAACAACCACACUGCUACAACAACAACUGCAUCAACAACAAUAGCAACAACAACAACCACAACAACAACCACAACAAUCACAGCAGCAACCACACAGCAACAACAACAACCACACUGCUGCAACCACAACAACCACGACCAACACCACCACAACAACCACACUGCUACAACAACAACUGCUACAACAACAACAACUGCAACAACAACAACAACCACGACAACAACGCGCCACACACACACGCACAGGAGGGGGGUGUCGGGGGUAACCCAAGCCGGCGACCUUCAGGCCCCAAGGCCUCAACGGAGCCUCCCUCUCGCCUCGCCGCUCAAGUUCACCCGGGAAGAAGGGGUGCGGGUGUAGGCCGCUCUGCCGUAGCCCUCAUGCUGGUGGUGCCGGUUUCCCGCUUGGCCUCCGCCCUGGCUCCCCGCGCCCAGGCCUGGAGAUCUCCCCUCAGGGUGCAGCCGCUCGGUGCGGCCUUCAUCAUCGCCACCACCGCCGUCGUCCCGCAUGCCCAGGGGCAGCAGCGGCGGCGGUGGUGGAGGGGGGGCCACUGGGGCACCCCUGCGGGGGUCGUGAACCCCGCGCGACCCCGCGACCUCGGCCCCCCUUUGCGGUCGGCGUGGUCGCGAGGCCUCUCCACGGCAACGCAGGGGGGCGGCGGCUCCUCGUACCAGCGUGGGCGGAAGGGACGCAGCAAGGACGCUCGCCCGGAGGAAGAUGACAGCAACGAGGAGCAGCCUGGCGAGGGGGAGGAGGAGGAGGAGGCUUCGUUCGUGACGCAGGAAGGUGUCGUGAAGGACUACAAGGACCUUGAUAAGACGGUGGCUUCCUUCCGAUUUGACCUCGUCAUGAAGGCCGGCCUGGACAUCUCAAACAAGGCCAUCGAGGACGCCUUCUACGCCAACCGCCUGCGGCUCAACGGACAGCGGCUGAUCAAGAAGAGCCGCACGGUGCGCGAGGGCGACGUCCUGGACCUCCUGCUGCCGGUUCCCGCGGGGGCGCCGGCCUCGGCGUCGGCGUCGGUCCCGGCGGCGACGACCGACUCGGGGAGGAGGGGAGGAGACGCCCAGGGGGAGGCGGUGGCGCGCGUGGUGGUGCUGCGCGCCAGCGAGGAGCGCUCGCCCUCCCAGCGCUACGGCGUGCGCCUGCGCCGCUGGAAGCAGCUGCUGCUGCCGCCAGCGCCGCGCGGCACCGCCUAG